UUAAAAAAAAUAAAUAAAAAAGAAAAGAAAUCCGAGUAUUUGGGGUGGUCUUAAACGCAACACCGAGUCAAUCUUCGUUGCUCAAUCUUCUCCGCCGCUCAAUCUUCGUCCGCCGCUCAAUCUUCGUCCGCGCCGCACUGCACCGCACCGACCAGCCCGGAAACGGAGGUUGUCAAGUUCCCGCCGCUCCGGUAACCAUAUUUCCAUCUUCUUUGACACCUAUCCAGCCUUUCAUUCAGAGAAGCCAUCCUAGGCUGUCAAUCGGUGUUUUACAGGAGAAUUUAUAUAAACCACAGAAACUUGGAGAAGGUUCAGAGGCAGAAAUGGUUGCUAGACGUUAUUCCCCUCCUUUGUUUAGUGUUGCUCCUAUGAUGGAUUGGACUGAUAAUCACUACAGAACUCUUGCUCGUAUGAUAUCAAAGCAUGCGUGGCUGUACACCGAGAUGCUUGCUGCUGAAACAAUUGUUUAUCAAAAGGAUAAUCUUGACAGAUUUUUAGCAUUUUCUCCAGAGCAACAUCCCAUUGUCCUGCAAAUUGGUGGAAACAAUCUUAAUAACAUUGCAAAAGCUGUUGAACUUGCCAAGCCUUACGGCUACGAUGAAAUUAAUUUGAACUGUGGAUGUCCAAGUUCAAAGGUGGCUGGACAUGGGUGCUUUGGUGUUCGCCUUAUGCUGGAUCCGAAGUUUGUUGGUGAAGCCAUGUCAGUAAUUGCUGCUAACACUGAUGUCCCUGUAAGCGUGAAAUGUCGAAUUGGUGUCGAUGACCAUGAUUCAUAUAAUGAGCUUUGUGACUUUGUUUACAAAGUUUCUUCUUUGUCGCCAACUAGGCAUUUUAUAAUCCAUUCCCGCAAGGCAUUACUCAACGGUAUCAGCCCAGCUGAAAAUCGAGAAAUUCCUCCUUUGAAGUAUGAAUAUUUCUAUGCACUGAUGCGCGACUUUCCAGACUUGAGAUUCACAAUAAAUGGGGGCAUUAAGACUGUUGAUGAGGCUAAUGCUGCUCUGAGACUAGGAGCUCAUGGUGUAAUGGUGGGCCGAUCUGCUUACCAGAACCCAUGGCGUACUUUAGGACAUGUCGACACUGCAAUUUACGGUGCACCUAGCAGUGGUAUCACACGACGUCAGGUCCUUGAACAGUAUCAAGUAUAUGGGGAUUCUAUUUUAGGUAAAUAUGGAAAUAGACCAAGCAUACGAGAGGUUGUGAAGCCUUUGCUUCAUCUUUUUUAUACAGAUCCUGGGAAUGGUCCAUGGAAGCGUAAAGCCGAUGCCGCUUUUCAGCACUGCAAGACCAUCAAGUCAUUUUUCGAUGAAACACUUGUAGCAAUUCCAGAUUAUAUAUUGGAUGCUCCUGUAGCAGAAUCUCCACCUGGACGUGAAGAUCUUUUUGUCAAUACACUUAGUUUGAUGCCCCCUCCAUAUGAAGAUACAGAGCAAAAGGUAUUAUUGGAGGCUUAAUUUUGUAUCAUUGUUUAAGCCAUGUAUAACAGCCUAACAUUUGAAUACAAUUUUCACUUAUUCUUUGCAAAUUCAUUGAUGAGGUAAUCAAAGAAGUUGCCCUUGUAAACUGGUCAUUCAUCUUGCUUAUAAGCUUUUCUUGUCUCA